CAUGGAAAGAUAGACGAAGAAGAAGAAGAACAGGUCAGCUGAUUUCAAGCUAGUUAGUGUAGCAGGCAAAAUAGCAGGAGAAAAUAAAUGAAUAGAGUUAUUGCUAAUCAAAUUUGAUUAUCUUGAGAUCCUCUGUCUGUCUGUCUGUCUGUAUGAAUUAACGGUGUAACAGCAUGAAAGGUUUAUACUGCCGAGCUGCUGGGAGUGAUGCUGAGCCCAAGUUCGUUAUUCAGGAAACGAGCCUCCCAGAGGUGUUAGGCAGCCAUCAGGUCCGAGUUCAGGUGAAGGCAUGUGGACUCAGCCCGCUGGACCUCAAGUUGCUCGGUGACGUCGGGAUCCAGAGAGAUUUAAUUCCUGUUGGCAGAGAGGUGGCCGGGGUCGUCCAGCAAGUGGGCCCCAAGGUCUCCUUCUUCCAGCCUGAGGACGAGGUUGUAGGUAUUCUUCCCCUGGACUCUCCCUGCUCUGGACUCUGUGAUGUCAUUGACAUAGAUGAACACUAUUUAGUUCAGAAGCCAGAGAAGCUCAGCUCAGUGUGUGUUGCGGCAGCGCUGCGCGAUGGCCUCUGCGCUUACACUGCUCUACACACUCAUGCUCGCAUGGCAGCCGGACAGACGGUCCUGGUCCUGGAUGGAGCCAGUUGUUUCGGCCUGAUGUGCAUCCAGCUGGCCUCUUACCACGGAGCGAAGGUUCUGACGACGUCACAUUCGCCACAGAAACACACAUUCCUGGAGCAGCUCCGGCCCAGCGUAGCCAGGGUGAUUCAAGUCUAUAACGGCUCAUCAGACCUGCUGCCACUGGUCUUGGAGGAGACAGGAGGACUGGGAGUGGAUAUAGUCAUAGACUCUGGAGUUCGUCUGCAGGAAGACAAGGAACCAGAGGAGACGAAACUACUUCCACACAAACAUGACAUCAUCAGUGUGCUGGGAGUCGGGGGGCACUGGGUCACAUCCCAACAGGAACUGCAGUUGGAUCCUCCAGAUUGCAGAUUAUUGCAUUUAAAAUCAGCCUCUGUGUCGUUCCUCAACCCUGAAGUCUGGACCGCUUCAUCAGCUCAGCAAGGGAGAUACCUCCAUAUUCUGAAGGACAUUGUGGAGAAGAUGUCAGCUGGAGUACUCAGGCCUCAGCCCGAGGAGGCGGUCCCUCUCUAUGAAGCGACGGUUGCCAUGGAGACCGUGCAGCGUCACCAAAAGAAAAAAGCCGUUGUUCAACUCUGACCAAAAAUAAUCACAUUCUGCUGCGACGUGAGACAAACACGGCCCACGGUUCAACAGGAUCAGGGCUUAAACUGUUUAAUGCAGCCAGUGAACAUGUACAAACAGUUGUUGUUUUCACUCGUUAAAUUGUUUAUCACAACAUGCGUCAUGUGGGAGACGGGGAGAUAGACCUGAUGCAUUUCCAUUAAUUGGGCUAAUACUGAGAAACAGACACAUUAACACCUAUAAUCAGCGUCUCUGAACCUUUUUUUUUUACUUUAAACCACAGGAAGAAACCGUUCUAACCGCGGAGUCAGUGGGUUUCCUUCAAAUACACACUCAGCCUCUGGAUCUGUGUGACUUCACGUGAGACUACAACCCCACACCAAAGCCUCUGUGGUCGCUUUAGAUAUCUUAAAGAAUCCAUGCACCUCCGUUUGACUCAAUAAAUACUGAUUUUAUUUUUUUUAAAAAGACAACAGUUCUGGUGAUUUAAUGAAAGAGUUGAUUUUGAUGUAAAUAAAAAGUUUUGUGUGAAGAACUUUGUAAUUACUUGAAAAAAAUCCUCUUGAGUGGAAGUGAUAAGAGAAUUUUUGUUUUUUUUUAAUUACUGUGCCAUUUAAUCAGAAAAGAAAUAAAACAACACGAGAGCUGGAAGUGCCUCUUUCUGACA